AUGAAGGUUGUAAGGACAGGAAUCAAUCACGGGACGAAGAGGCCAAAGCCCAUUUUCUCCAUAGACGUGUCGGAUGGAUGCAUUGUUACCUCGUCCCUUGACGGAGAGAUAAAGCUAUGGAGCUCUGACCAUGAGCAUAUCAAGACGAUCAAGAAGCACCAGGGAACCGUGCUGUGUGUAAGGUUUAGCAUCGGCGGGGCUUUGUUUGCCUCUGGGGGAGAUGAUGGGAUGGUUUUUGUGUAUAGUAGGGAUGGGGACGUUGUUGGAUCUGCCUCAGAACAUGAAAGCGAUGUUAGCAAUGUGGCCUGGACCGACAAGUUUCUUGUGAGUGUUGGGUAUGAUGGAUAUGUUGUACUUUAUGACCUGAAGUCGCUUGGCGUUGCUAAGAAGAUGAAGUCUCAUGAGGGGCAAAUAAAGGGGAUUUGUAUGGACAGGAGCUUCAGGUACAUGUGCACCCAGGGAGAUGACGGGAUAGUUCUUUAUGAUGAGUUCCAGGUAGUCAAGAAGAUAGGUGCUUCUGAGGGAGUGAUUCUCGAGUCUUUUUUCUCUAGGAUGAGCUGGACGCCUGAUGGAGAGUUUUUUGCCUCUGGGCUGUCAUUCAACAGAAACUAUAAUACCGUUGAGGUCUUCGGCAAAGACCUAAGGAAUGAGUGCUCGCUUAUUGGGCAUGUGGCACCAUGCGAGGUGGUAGUGUUCAACCCAAUGCUGUAUAAGAAGGAUAGAAAGUAUUACAUUGUAGCAGUGUCAUCUCAGGACCUGAGUCUAUCUCUGUGGUGUUCACUGUCGCCUAAGCCGUUCCUUCUAAUCAAGAACCUUACGGAGCUGCCUGUGCUUGACAUGUGUUGGAACGAAAGUGGAACAAAGCUGUUUAUAUGCUCUUACGGAGGAGAGGUUAUCCAGAUAGAUGUAGAGGAUGGGGACUUUGGAAAGGUCUAUGAAGAAGAGGAGGAUGCCUCUGGAGAUAUCUUCUUCUCUGUGGAGAACAGAGACAUGUUUGAGAAGGCAAAGGAAAGGGCGGAGGAAAGUGAUGGCAGAGACGAACCUGUACAGGGUUCUAAGAAGAUAAUAAAGCCUGUCCUGAUAUCUCCGGACACGGCUUCAGAGGAGACGAGAGCAGAAGGUGCUGAGAUCACUACUGGGCACUCGUACCUUGCAAUAUUCAACUAUUGUAGUAAGAAGAUCGGAAAGAUGCCAGGGAACAGCAAAAUCAACAGGUCUUUCGGAGACUUCAGUGUUGAGCUCAGCAAGGAUAGGACUAAUGUCUCUGUCAAAAGAGGUCCAAAGGAGCUCUAUAGGAUACGCGGGAGCAUAGAAAUGAUAUGUGUGAACAGGAGAUACAUGUGUCUGUACACGGGGAAGAUACAAGUCUACGAUCUCAGGACGGGUGUUCUUUCCAUACCGUUUAUCUGUGCUGGAGACGUUGUAACCAUGGAUGUUCUUGGAAGGAGACUAGCGUAUCUCCAAGCAGACGGAUCGUACACAGUGUUUUCCAUCAAUAAGCGCAGGGUAGAUGCCAAAGGAGUGAUUCCAAGGGCCGAUGGGCUUCUGUCUCUAAGGCUUGAUAGAAAGUACUUUGUUGUGAUCUCGUUUCCAGAUGAAGAGUGCUUUCUUGAGAGAAGAUCGGGUGUCUGGCUUCAGAAAACUCCCACAUACAACAGCAUUUGGGCUGGAGACACAGACCUAUCUCUCGACCAUGAUGAGACUAUAUUUCAUCUUGAAAACGAGUUUCUUAUAUCACACCUGGCAAACGAUAGGAGAAGGCUGGCAAAGACCUUAAGGAGGAUCACAAGAGCUGUUUGCAGGAUGAAGAAGAUGGAGGACUUUAUAGAGCUUAAGCUCAGGAACAUCAUUAGGACGCUACUGAAGGCAGGCGAGAGGCCUAUGGCAAUCUCAAUGCUAGAGAAGAUGAAUAUGAACUAUGCACUACAGCAAUUUGUGUUUUCAAUGCUCAAAGAAAUAGGAGAAAUCAAGCUUUAA